GGAAAUCGUGAAAACGGGUCGUGUGCGCGUAGGUCUUCGUUUUGGCUUUUCCUGGCUCUUUGGCUGCUCUUGGUGGUGCUUUGAUUGAUCGGGGAUCGGAUUCUCGUUUCUGGCGCUUUGGAAUAAUAAACUUCGUCGUUGAAGGAAUGUCCGCGUGAUUUGUUUUGCUCACGAAAUCGAUCGAAUCGAUGAUUCAUGCCUAAGCAUGGUGGGGUUUUACAAGACUUCAGUGAAGGUGAAGAUCGAAUUGCGUUGUUGUGAGAUUCUUUGGCUGUUGAGCUUGUUAUGACCGAUGGAUUUUAGAAGGAAUAGAUAGUUUUUAAAAGUGCCACAUUCCUAGCGGGUUUUACGACGAGAGCUAAUGAUUCGUGCAGCAAUAACAGUUUGGAAGUGAAUCAAAAAACAUUGUAGCAAGUGCAUGCUUUGUAUGCCAAAGGAUACAACGAUGAUUUCAAAUCAGGAAUUUCUUGUUGGACAUCAAAUCCCACUAGACAGUGGGACCUUACAACUAGAAGAUGGAAGGACUCAAGGACCUCGCCGAGGGCACUGCAAAUGGUUCAACGUCAUCAAGGGAUGGGGAUUCAUCACUCCGGAAGACGGUGGCCAGGAUGUGUUUGUUCAUCAGAGUGUCCUUCAGAUGGAUGGAUUUCGAUCGUUGGGACAAAAUGAGCCAGUUGAAUUCGAAAGCAAGCUCACGGACAAAGGGUACGAGGCGACCAAAGUUUACGGACCGUCCCAGACCCAGUGCAAAGGUAGCGAGUUUAGGCCUCGAACCAAGCGGAAAUUCCGGAAAAUGAGAUGCUACAACUGUGGAGAAUUUGCCAACCACAUAGCCCAAAUGUGUUCCCAGGGUCCUUUGCCCAAGCGAUGCCAUCAUUGCAAAGGAGAAGAUCAUCUGGUAGCGGCCUGUCCUCAUAAGCCUCCUCCAACAACAAAUUUGCCACCAGAGUAGAUGCAAGUAGUUUUUCUACUCGCCACUAGAGGCGCGCCAGAAAAAAAUCGUUACCAGGUGGCAGUAAAAUCAAAUUCGGGAUAAAAAUUAUACCGCCGGUUUAAGUCUUCGCUAGAUAGUUUACACUGAAAACAUAAAUCAUGCAACUUUACAGUACAAAUAUUCCUGCGACGUGACUACCUGAAUCACCAGCAAACAUUAUUUAAAAAUCAAUUACUUUAAACGGUUUGUUAUGAUCCACAAACAAAAACUUUCAUUUAUCUGUCAAAAAUAAACAGCCGCCCUAUUGGCAGUUGGUCGAAUACCACCAGAUGAGUUCUUAAGCAUAUACGUAUAGGUUUAGAGUGUCCUUGUAACGAAAAUUUCGAGUCUAUAAGUUUAGUAUUUAUAAUCAAACAAAGCGUUUCAAGGAAUUCAGAUACUGAUUGUCCUCAGAAGCGAACAUAAGACGGGUUGAAUGCUUGUGUAAAUAUAGUUUGUGCAAUUUUUGGAGAGAAUUUUUACAACAACAUUACAUAAAUUAGUAAUAGACUAAUGCUUUUUUUCGGCAAACCGAAAGAUAAACUAUAUUCAUAAAACAAUUUAAGAGCAACAGCUGAACAUUCAUAUCUUUAAGAACAGUUUUACAAACAGGUGAAGUGAACUAAAACAAAGUUGCUAGGAGGUACCUACAUUCUAAAUUUAUAAUAACAAUUUACAAUAAAUUAAAAGUGUAGGAAGUUUAGCUAAAGUUUUGAGAAAAUAAACGUAUGUAAU